AACUGUGGCUCGCAGCUCCUCCAUAUUUCCCUCUUCUCUCUUUUUUUUUUUAGGGCCUUUUGUGCCCGUCAACGUCACGGCAGCAGCCGACGGCCCGGGGCGGGACACACUUUGAAGUCUGCAUUAUAACAUGUAAAUGUUCUAUGGAAGACUCUGCAAAGGUCCAACUGACUGGAAACUAUUCUCUCUUUAACUUUCUCAGUCCAAGCUAUUAAAAAAAAAAAAAACCCACAUCGUGAGCAACUUCACUUUUUUAAGAAAAACUGCUGUAAUUCUAUGAUUUGAAAGAUGAUUUUUUUUUCGCGCAGGCUGACUCUCUCUGGAAUAUUUCUGGCACAAACCGCGUCAACGCUACUGUUUAGUUUGAGCAAACAUUUGCUCACUCUCGCUUUUCUCGUUGCCGCGCGCUCGUCUCGUGCUGUCGCUCGGUACCAGUUUUGCAACUUUUCCCAAAGUUUUCCACCUUCUGAAAAGCAGCUCCAGCCAUAUUUUUUUUUUUGUAUAGAUAUGUCACACAGGUCAGGUGUGAAGGUCCCGAUCCCGUGUGACCUCACGACCCCCCUUGACACAAACGUUAAGCGACUGUAUGAUGCAAUGCUCGACGGCGACUUUUAUUUUUAUUAAAAUAACCUGCAUGAUAGCGUGUCAUGUGAAGAAGAAAGAGUUUACCAGUCGCUCUCGUCUGUAGCUAUAUAUAUAUUUAUGUAUAUUUAUAUACUACUGUAAAUGUGGCAUGAAUUAUUCCUCCGGUGACCUUUGACCCCUUGCUAGUAUCCGAUCAGAUUAGAUCCAAACUGCAGAUGCUGCAGCUUCAGUCAUUUCUUCUGUUCUUUCUGUAACUUAAGUUCACAAAGUGUUUGAAUGUUCUGCCUCGAAAGCGCUCCUGACUUGACGGUAACUGACAGUCGGACGGCCUCGCAGCUUCUCUCCCCCGGGGCGGUUCAGAUCGCAGGUCUGUUGACUUUGUUUGCUGAAGGAAACUCUGUGUGUGAAUACGGCCCCGGGUCAUUAUUAAGUCGGGCACUUACAAGCAAACUCCCUCGUUUGAGACACACCCUUCUCUUUCAGAAUCGAUGUGUCUCGAAGGCUCCGCGUCCAGAGCGAGUGAAACUCCUGCUGCUGCCGCCGCCGCUGCUGAGUCGGAGUGAGGCGCCUGGUGUGGAGGAGAUCCAGCUCUGCAGAGAACUCCAGCCGGGGGAACAUCCUGACCUGAGGUGACGGAGAGCCACGGUGUCCAGACCUGAGAUCAGUCCACACUUCAACUGAGGCGGAGCGGCACAAGCUGCUCAAUCCACCUUUUUGCUCAAAAACACUGACGAGUGGAUUUUACAGAGCAUGGGGAGUCCAGGGUGUGAACACACGGGCUGCACCGCGUGCUCGCCUCUCUACACCAGCCAACCCCACACUAACCCCCGCGUGGCCUGGCCGGACGAGGCGGAGGACGUCAAGCCGCCCCGCAGUCUGCUGGGGCUCCCCGAGCUCAGCUGGCCGGGGGUCCACCUCCCCUGCUACGACCGGUUGGUCAUAGAGGAGAACCCCUGGGUGCUGGAGGUGACGGAGGCGCCCGCUCCCGCUGCCACUCCUCCCUACAGGACCGCGGAGCCGGGCCCACCCGCCCCCGGGCAGGAAGCCCCGGAUUCCUCCCCCGGAGCGGCGGGGCAGGUGGAGGAGCGCUGUCUGGAGCAGGUCCAGACCAUGGUGGUGGGAGAGGUGCUGAAGGACGUGGACACGGCCUGCAAGCUGCUCAACAUCUCACCAGACCCGUCGGACUGGAGCUGCGUGCACGUUCAGAAGUGGCUGCUGUGGACCGAGCACCUGUACCGGCUGCCACAGGUGAGCGCCGUGUUCCAGGAGCUGAGCGGCAGCGACCUGUGCUCCAUGACGGAGGCCGACUUCAGGCAACGCUCGCUGCAGUUUGGAGACAUGGUGUUCGCUCACCUGGACAUCUGGAGAUCUGCUGCAGCGAUGAAGGAGCGCUGUCCGCCAGAGGAGAGCAAAUCUGCGGCGGACGAUGACUCCUGGUCGGAGGUGAUGUGUAACUACCCCAGUCAGCCCAUCCACCUGUGGCAGUUCCUUCAGGAGCUGCUCCUCAAACCGCACAACUACAGUCGCUGCAUCAGCUGGCUCAACAAAGAGAAAGGGAUUUUCAAAAUCGAGGACUCGGCUCAGGUGGCCAAGCUGUGGGGCAUCAGGAAGAACCGGCCGGCGAUGAACUAUGACAAGCUGAGCCGCUCCAUACGCCAGUACUACAAGAAGGGGAUCAUCCGAAAGCCCGACGUGUCGCGCCGACUCGUCUACCAGUUCGUCAAACCCGUAUGACGACGGGGAACCCGCCGCCGCCGCCGCUCAGACGCCACUGGGACUCAUGACCAACCGAGGAUAUAUGCUGGACAUACAGAGAGAAGGGGCGUGAACUCUGGAGCUCAUUGGUUUUUGUUAUACCCGAUGUUUUCAUACUUAAUUGUAAAGACUGCCUACCGAAAACAUGCACUCCUGCCUAUUAUGACUUUCCUCUAUUUUGUAUAAUUCUUAGAAAGUGGAUUUAGUUUUGUUCGUCUCUUUGAGUGUGGAAACAUUUCAAAAGAAUUUGCUGCACAGAGUUCGAUGGAAGGAUACCUGAAGGCAGCAGUUAUCUCGACUAAGGACGGAGGCUGGAAACAUCUCUCUGCCGAUGACAUGGCUGUUUCCUAAAGUUCAAGAAACAAAAUCUUCCUUUGUCAACUAAAGUGUGACUGUAGGUGCUCGUAGGCCAAUUCAGUUUGAGCCGGUCCUUGUGCUAAGCUAGGCUAAUCGGCUGAGCUACACUGUACGGUUGCGGUUGUACUGUAGGGCUACGAACGCCAUGAGGGAAUCGCAACGUGAUUGGUUGUACAGUCGAUUCAUAUUUCCUUCGCCUCCGACAGUGUCGUCAUAAAGAUUUAGUUGUGAUUUAUUUUCGAAAACCAACAUAUUCUUAAUUUGGACAAACCUCCGUCGGCUGCUGGCUCCAGCUACAUGUUAAUCAUUCAUAAAGACGUUAUUCCCAGGUGUCGAGAACAUUUAGAAGUUGCGCAACAAUUGCAAAAGUAAGUGAUUAUUUUAUUAAACCUGCCGUGAUAAAUAUUCCUAUCCAUUUCUUUUAUGAGGGUUUAUCUUUAUGAUCUACAUUAAAGCUAUGAAUCAUAACCUCGAGAUGUGCAUGUUCAUACUGUACACAAGAAAAAAUCACACGGACACUAACGUUUUCAACAAAUCUGUUUCCCCUUUCAUAACCAAUAUCGCAAUAUUGACACCAUCACAACAAAUCUGAUUCUGGGUUUUUCAUCACUAUUUCAUCAAUAUUUUUCUGUGACCAUAAUCAUUUUUUAUGCAUAUUUAAAUGAACUUCUUGUUACAUCAAGAUGAACAGGCACUACACCAGUUAGGAGAUAAAAGUACAUCACUAACUAUGAACAUACAUCUUCUAGACCGCUAAUAUACAGUAGGGGGGUUCCCACAGCGUGAGCCGCCGUCCCCUGUGUGCAUAAGGAAGAGAUCGUCAACAUAAAAAAAAGCAUUUACAUAUACACCUUUUUACUGCCUCAACGUGGUUAGGUCUCAUUUUUCAAACUCAACACAGUUGUACAGUUACAAUAGAAUAUAAUCUUUAAAUUACAUCAUCAUAUACAAAUCUUGACAGCGUGGGAUAACGUCACGCUUAUUUAUGAUAUACCGACAGUUCCGUCGCGACGGAAUUCGUACGAUAUGGUUCCUAAUAUACUUUAUAUGUUUUUCCAUUGCUGUUAUUAAAAUGAAACACGUUGACAUUACA